AAAUGGGAAAUUGUCUGAGACACGAAAUGCAUUGGGCUGGUGAAGAUUGGGAUGAUUUCAUCACAGAAGAUGAAGAACAUCAUCAUCAUCAGAGCUCUAAGACCUCCAUUGAGGCUAGUAGCACUGUAUUUGUUGCACGAGACAGUAAAUCAUCUGACUCAUCUCAUCAUGAGAUCAAGAUCAGACUGACGAAAAAGCAAUUCCAUGAUUUACUUAGUAACGUCAACGUACAUGACUUGACCGGUUCUGAUCUUGAUCGUAAAACUGAAGAAGGCAACCAGCACCGGUUAUGGAGACCGGUUCUAAAGAGCAUACGGGAGGUUAAUUAAUACCGGUUUCUUGAUGUAUAAGAGUAUG